CUGAAAUUAGAUCCGAGACUGGCCCCAGCACAGGAGUCGCUGGGAGCUGUCCAGUGCUGAAAUUUAAGCAGGGACUUUACCCCCAGCUCAGGAGUCGCUGGGAGCUGUCCGGUGCUGAAAUUGAAGCGGGGACUUACCCUCAGCUCAGGAGUCGCUGGGAGCUGUCCGGUGCUGAAAUUGAAGCGGGGACUUCACCCUCAGCACGGGAGUCGCUGGGAGCCGUCCCGUGCUGAAACUGAACGCCAGCUCUUCCCCCCGCAGAAAAGCCGCUGGGAGCCGUCCAGUGUUCAGGCUGAACCCGGGUCUCUACCCCCAACGGAACGAGGCGCUGGGAGCUGUUCGGUACGGAAACUAAAACCUGCUCUCUGCUCCGCACCGGUCCGUAGAAGGAAAAUAUGCCGCGAUCCUUCCUUGUUAAGAAAGUCAAGCUGGAUGAUUUCCCAUCCCCUACCACCAGCAUCCCAUCGCCGACUUCAGACUACGAUAACCCCUAUGCCAGAGGCGCCACCAAUAACGUUGGGAGUCUAACCACUAGAUUGCACGAAAAAGGGUACAUCACCGAGUAUAUGACGCCUUCCGUUUACGACGGAGACCCCCAGAACGCGAUUAAGCUGUCCUCGCCCGAGCCGAUCUAUGCAACAGUGCACGGUGAAUACGGAGUCCCUGACUCGGAAGCACCGGACAGCCCGCAAUCCGGAAUUACAACCGGCUACAUCAACGGGGAUGCGGCGGUAAGCGAAGGCUACACGGUGGAUGCCUUCUUCAUCACUGACGGCAGGUCGAGGAGGAAAGCGAUCGGCGGCUCCAGGAAUACCAUCCAGCGGCACACUUGCAACGACUGCGGCAAAACGUACGCCACGUCGUCCAAUCUGAGCCGGCACAAGCAGACACACCGAAGCCUGGACAGUAAAAUGGCUAAGAAAUGUCCGACCUGCGCCAAGGUUUACGUCUCCAUGCCGGCCAUGGCCAUGCACCUGCUCACUCACGACCUCAAGCACAAGUGUGAAAUCUGCGGCAAGGCGUUCAGCAGACCUUGGCUCCUGCAAGGUCACAUGCGCUCUCACACCGGGGAGAAGCCGUUCGGCUGCGCGCACUGUGGGAAAGCGUUCGCCGACCGCUCCAACCUCCGCGCCCAUAUGCAGACUCACUCGGCGUUCAAGCACUUCAAAUGCAAACGUUGUAACAAGACCUUCGCUCUCAAGUCUUACCUGAACAAGCAUUACGAGUCCGCCUGUUUUAAAGGCGCCGUGCCGGCACUGAAUGCAGUGGAAGCUUGAUGCCCGUUCUUCUCUCUCGCCCCUCCCUCUACCACCUUUUCCCCU